AUGAAUUUCCCCAUCAUGUUUGAAGAAAGCGAUGCAGUAGAAGGCCAUCAUGACGGCCUAGUGAUUUCACUCCCGGUUGGAAACUGUAUGAUCAAGCGAAUCCUUGUUGACAACGGAAGCUCCGCAAACAUCAUCAUGUUUGAUAGUUUGAAACAUAUGAACAUCGACGAGAAGAACAUCAUCAACAAGUCAACAAUGCUGGAAGGAUUCAGUGGGGAAACCAAGAAGACAAGUGGAGAGAUCACAUUAGCCACCUAUCCAAAAGGGGUCAACUUACAAGUCAAGUUCCCGGUGAUCGACACUUUGUCAUCAUAUAAUAUGAUUCUAGGUAGACCAUGGAUACAUGAGAUGAAGGCCAUCACCUCCACGUACCAUCAAGUCAUUUAA